CCCGCUCAGACGCCAUUACAAACUCUCUCAAGAACAGUGCAACGACCACGGGCAAUAGCAUCAGCUCGGAGGCGCUCGACCGGGAGGGUGGUGCCGGCCUGUUCCCGGCGGCGGCGAUGAGGUACGGCGAGGUGGCGCACUUCAGCCACCCGCAGCACCGCCUCCGGCUGGAGCACCACGACACGCCGUUCCGGUGCGACGGGUGCCGCGAGGUGGGCAUCGGCGCGCGCUUCCGCUGCCCGCACCCGGGCUGCGACCACGACCUGCACCGGCAGUGCGCGCUCCCGCUCUCGCCGUCGCCGCCGCCGCUCCGGCACCCGUUCUACCCGCGCUGCGCGUUCGCCUUCCUCGCGCGGGCGCCCGGCGCCCCCGGGUCGCGCUACUGCAACGCGUGCGGCCGCGACGUCGCCGGCUACGUCUACCACUGCCGCACGUGCGGGUUCGACCUGCACCCGUGCUGCGCCGCGCUCCCGCACGCGCUCGACGCCGGCGGCGGCGUCCGGCUGUACCUGCACCCGGACUCCAAGGCCGGCGUCGCGUGCCACCGGUGCGGCCACCGCGGGCGCAGCUGGAGCUACCGGAGCCACUGCAGGAGCUUCAGCCUCCACGUGGCGUGCGUCAUGGACAUGCUCGUCGAGAGCUGGCACGGCGUCGGCCGCCACAAGGGCGUGUACGACGGCGGGCUGGUGGUGCCCGGGGGCGGCGGGUGCAGGGUGCCGGCAAUCCGGGGCGCGGCGAAGAGCGUCCACGCGAGCAGGGGAGGGUACGCGUCCUGGGGCAGGAAGAAGGGCAAGGUGAAGCGCUGCUGCGAGAUCGCCGGGUUCGCGGGGCAGGUGGUCAUCUCGGCGGUGCUCGGCGACCCCACCGCGCUCAUCGCCGGCGUCAUAGGGUCCCUCAUCGCGCUAUGACGGACGGACGCCGGCCGAGGGCAGCAUGGCGACAUGAUCAAACGUGCAAAAACACUGUACAUAUAUGUGCAUCGCGGUCGCAGGGCGUGCAUUCACAAUUUUCAAAUGGCAUGGCCGCGCAGGUAGAGACUUCGUGGUGAACUAGGGUAUGUUUGGGUUUAGUCCUCGUCGCAUCCCAUAUUUAGACACCAAUUAAAAAUAUUAAAUAUAGUUUAAUUAUAAAAUUAAUUGUAUAAAUGGAAGCUAAUUCACGAGAUGAAUCCAUUAAAUCUAGUCAGUUUAUAAUUUUAUUAUAUUGUGCUACAGUAAACAUGUGCUAAUUGGCGUGCGUAUUAUAAGAUAGGGGAUCGGACAUGGCCCACACCGUACAUCAGCUGUAAUUAAUCAUAGCGUAGAACUAGUCGGAAUAGAAAAAACCUACCCGGGUAGUAUUCGGGUAGGACUCCUGAGCUCGUAUCCGGCUAGGAUUUGCAUGUAACCAUAUCCCCCCAAACUAUAUAAGGGCGGGUAGGAUCCUUCUUGAACGAGACCAUGGGGGACAACUCGUGCCUCGUGCAGAUCAACCCGAUCAACACCUAAGGCAAUACAAGUCACCACAUAGGACGUAGGGCAUUACGCUCCCAGCGGUCCGAACAUGUCUAAACUUUACGUUCCUUACACCUUCGAGUUUCUAAUCUCGGCGAUACCCUACCUACAACCUACCACCUCGGGGGUAUCACUCAGUGGGCUUGAUGAUAAAACACCGACACUAAUGAUGGAUUAAUUAGAUCUUAAUAAAUAAAAUCUAGUAAAUUAGUCUUCAUUUAUGCAAUUAGUUUUGUAAUUAGUCUAUAUUUAAUAUUCUUAAUUACUAUCGUUUUUGACGGAACUAAACUUAAAUCCGACGGAUCCAAA